AUGGAGCUCGAGACUGGUCUUGAUUACAGGACUCCACGACUCCAGAAUAGAUGGACUCGGGAACAGAGGCUAUUUCUCUGCUGUCUCUAUAAGUUCUUUCAGAGAAAUACAAGCGCCUUUAGAGAUAUAUUCAAUCAAGUAUUUGGAUCGGAGGUGACAGAAUGCGGGUUUACUGAAGGCAUUCCUUCAAGUACACUACGUACGCAGUGGGGUGAAAUGGUGAGACAUGAGUAUCCGGAGUGGAGAGAAGUUCAACAGCAUACAUCCGAGGGACAUUGGCGCUGGAUUCCAACUCUGAGACGGAUUAGAAGAACUGCAAGGUCACUAGGCUUACACAUAGUUCCGAAUUAUGUCGACGACAAUGAGGAAACUUCUGGAGUGCAAGAACAGGUGCUAGUGCCAGAAGCCAUUGAUAUAACUCAGAUCGAUAUCAGCUUAUGCAGUGGCGGUGACAAAGUCUGCUUCUGGUGUGUGCAAGAACAAAUUUCAGAUGAAGCACAAGAAAAGAUAAAUCCUCCGAGAUCUCGUCCGCGCUGGACCGACGAAGUGCCUCCAGUUAUUUACAGAUGGUCAAAUAUCGACAGCCAAGGUGUUAAUUCCAAAACGCUUCUCCUAGCCGGUCUUUUUGCAGAUGGACGCCAAAUAUUCAUGCCAGGAAAUAUAUGUCAAGAAAAGUUUACUGGUUAUUUUUUAAACCAUGUCCACAUUGAGAAGACACCAUCUCCAUCCAUAUCUACAUUCCGCUCAAUGCUUGCACCCAUCCACAGAGCACUCUGGAAUAAAGAAGGCGCUAUCAUAUCUAUCAUUGAUACAAAAAAGCUUGAUACCAAAGUAUAUCCUGCAAUUAAGCUUUUCAGGGAACAGAAUUUGCGUAUCCGAGGCUACGAUGUAAAGAUAAGCACCAUACAACAGCUCGCAGAUGAAAAUGUUGAAAUUGAGCAAUUUCUACAGCUUGAAAAACUUAUUACUCAUCAAUAUAACAGAAAACAGUUGCAUGAUGAUUUAGCUAAAGAAUCCGGCCAACUUGACCGCACUUCGGGAUUCAAAAUCGGAAAAUUCCUAGAUUCUAUUAAUCUUCCUUUUGAGUUUAGCAGGGAGUCCUUUUACGAGGGAGUAGAUACUGGGUACGGCCGCUCUACACCAUCUACCAAUGUCAGCGAAGUUUCUACCAAUGCCGGCGAAGUUGGUCGUCCAUCCAAUGUCUAUGAUAUAUCGGAUGACGACUCAGUCACUGAGUGUGGGUCUGUUGCAUCAAACGAGAAUACUAUAAGUGAUGGCGACUAUGAAAAUAUUGGUACCAGCUCACCCUGCAUGGGCCGCGAGUUAGCCGCACAUAGGCGGAACCCCAUCUCGACUCCUGGCUGGUUCUUCAUAAGAAACACUGAUGAUGAAAUGACAAUAGAAGAAGUCAGUGGACGGGAAAGUAAUCUAUUUUCUGAGCAGGAUCCAGAGCAAUCAGCUGAGCUGAUUACUGAUUGGCCUGAAGAAGACACUCAAGCACUGUCAUCCUUGAAUAUAUCUCAGGUUCGAGCUCCAACCAUCAAGUUAUUUGAGCCAGACACUGGCAGAUGGGUUCAAGAACAAGCGAAAAUGGAUGAGGACGACGGUCAAUCUUACAUGCAGCCACCAUCCACUAAUGAUACCCAGGAAAUGCAGGGCAUAUCUGAAGUGGAAGGCGAAAGCGACAUAAUGCAUGAUAUUAAGACCCUGUCCUGUGAGCUGUCUGAGGAUAAUCUGCCUCACGAUUGGUUUGCGAGAGAUCGGGAACGCCGAAGACGCUGGCUUUUUCAGUAG